AUGGCGGCAAAAGUGCGGCCGUUUUUCCGAGGCAAGAGCUUCAGCAAGAGCAAAGACCAGAGAGUUGACAUCGACAUCCCGCUUCCCCGAGAUGAUCGGCCAGCCCGCGAUGGACGGGCUUUGAGUCAAAGCCCUUCGAGCUCGAAGGAUUCCGCAGCAAGACCUGCUGAAGUCAGCCCCAUGAAUGCCUCGAGUUUCGUGCGAUCUGUUCAAUCUCGAGAACAUUCAAAGGCAUCAGCCGUGCAUGAGCCACCGCUCUUGGAAAAUGUUGUCUUCGAUGUCUCCAAGAUUUCGGAGACGGAGGUCUUCAAUUCCAUCACCAGCGACGGUAUGUCCCCGUCAUCUGGGAACCUGAGGGAUAGUAGUGGUGGGCACAAUGCAUCUCAAUCGCAUGCCAGUGGCGAGAACGCCCCUACCUCGCCUACAUCGCCGACUUCGAGGGAAGUUGGUUUACGUGGCGGAGCCAAACCAAAAUUCAACCAGCUGUCGAGCUUAACUUUCGACGACUCCAUCGGUGACGAGCGACCUGCAGCCAAACCGACGAAGCCUCAGGUGCUUGACGCGGAACUAGAACCAGAUGAUCUUCCUGAAUACCCCUUGAUGCGAGACGAGGUGGUACAAGUCCGCGCCCUGGCGACUUGGCCUCUAAGUCAUUCUAAGACGUCAACCAACUUGCAAAGCAAAGAGCAGAGGCAGCAGGCACUGUGGGGCGGUGGGGAGGGGGGGGAUGAGGAGCGGGCGCAGGCCGAGGCGAAUCUUUUGGCAGAUACUGGCAUGAUCAAUGCAUCGCACGCAGUGUCCAUGGGAACAGUCCUUGUCUCGGAUCUCAUUGAAGUUUUAACUGGCCCGGCCACCGUCACAGAGUGCACCUUCGAGACCGCCGAAACAGAAGGCGUCGACUAUGUCAGAAGUCACGUCAGCCGCAGGGCGGAGAUGAUCAGCGGCCUGGCAGCAACGAUGAGCCAGCUUUCCAACGUUCGCACAACAUGUGGCCUAGUACGGCCUAGCCUGAGGUCUAGCCCAAAGGGAGACGGUGGUGGGGGUCGCGCUCGACGCCUGUCCCUGAUCCCUGCAGGACAGCUGCAACGCCAGCUCUCAUUUGCGGACGAGUCGCUGGACGAGCUUGUUUCACAUAUCCGUGCAGAGGAACCGCAAUUGGAUUGGCUCGAUGCCCGGCGAAAGGAAGACUUUUGGAACCGCGUGCUCGUGGGAACGCCUCCCACCGAGUGCCGGAACUUGUCUACGCGCUCCAUCGGCUACUGGAUCGGACUUUUCAAUCGAUGGCAAGCCAUGGGUUCAUGGAAGCCAGGCAGUGCACCGAAAUUCUUGGAUGCGUACGAGCUGCAAGAGUUGCUCUCCGUUGCCAUGCCGAAAGCCCUUGAAUGGGUCAAGCUCUUCGAUCCUCCUGCGUACGCGCAGCUUCAGACCACCAGGUCAGCGAUGGACCACAAGAAGGUGAAAGUCUUGGUUCCCGCAUUUCUGACAUGUGGCAUCUUCCUGUCAACCACGAUCUCCAAGAGGCAAAAGAUCCGAUUCUUGCUGGGUAUGUUCGACGAGAACGACAGCCAGACGUUUGAGUCUUCCGAAUUUGUGGAGAUGAUCUCCUCCUUUUUCUAUGGCAUCGCCUGUGCCUUCGCGCUCCUAGACUUUCCAGGCGUUGCUCCGAAGCCGAGUGCGCGCCAGAAGCUGGGAAAACAUCUGUUCGAACGCGUAUUGAAGGGUGCCUGCUGCAGGGUGCCGUUCUGGGAAGCGAAGAAGAUGAAAGCUGAAGAUUCAGCACCGCUAUGGCUUAUUGAAGAGUGGUUCUUGGGUGAGACUGGAGACCCUCUCUCUGCUCCGUUUGCUAUGCUACUGGAACGGUUUUCGACGCGUGGCCUGGAAGAUGAUCCGGAGUUCUUCGAGGAUGAGGAAAGAAGGUUCAAGCUGUCCCACACUAGUCCAGUGGAGCCGCCGUUGGAAACUGCAGCCUCCCUGGACUCCAGCUUUCUCCGCCGUGGUGAGAUAGGCCUGGUGCGGAAAGUGUAUGACGAGUGCGAGAGGCAGCGUGAUUUCUCGUUAUCUCAUGCAGAUGUCGGGCGAGCACUUGGGGAGCUCAUCCCUCCAGAUCUAUGGUGCAACCGAAUCGCACGAGGUUUGGACGAGAUGGAACGAGUGCGUGGGAUGGGCCAGAAGACCAGCUUACCGCUCUUCCUCAAAAAGAUCUGCCCCAACGCGAAGCCUCGCCACCUCCGCAUGUUCCAGACUUGGAUGAAGGAGUUGGAUCACAUAGAGGAGCUGAAGGUGCAAUCAGCGACGUCUCGCCGCAUGCAACAGCAUUUUGAAAGUUAUGUUGCCCGGCCAAUAUUGCCUGCGCGUGUUCGGCAAGAGUUGCUGCAAGAGUUUGAGAGUCUUGCCUACGCCUCAAGCGAGGCACGAGUUAUGCAAGAUGCCUUACGAAAGAAAUUCUUCGAUGGAGGCUCUAGGGUGACCAAGGAGGAUUACCUUGCUGCCAUGUGCCCGACGGACUUUCGGCACAAGGAAGGCAACCCGGCCAUCAAUCAGGUCGUAGGAAUGCAGGUGGUUAAAGUGGAGGAGGCCCUCUCGCAGAAGGAGGCUUUGUUCGCAAACAGUGGUGAGGUUCCGAUUACGAGGAGGAAGUUCAUCAAGCACUCGGUUCCAGAUAAUCACUGGGCCUUGUGGAACCAAGCUUUCGAAGCUUUCGAGAACGGCACAGGCAAAGGACAAGUGUCCAUGUCGGAGCUCGUGCGCCAGAACGACUUGUGCCCCGUGGUCUGUGAGUUCAUUUGCAACAUCAUUACCGGGAGCUGCGACGGCAGUGAGCCUUGCUUCUCGAAAGAGCAGUGGUUGCGGAGAUUGCUUGAGCUGAGCUCUUGGCGCGUCAAGAAGGAAGUUUUGAGCCAGGGCAGACUCUGCGCAGUCUAG